GAAGACUAGAAAUAUUAAUGUAAAAUGUGGAUCAGAUAAUUAUUAUUUUUUAUUUCCUUAAUAAUAUAUAAAUUCAAAAUCUAUCCUUGUGAGUAAGAAUGGCGAAUAUGUGAAUUUGAUAAGGAAAACAUUAAAUGGAGAGUUUGUAACUCAAUAAUCUAUUCAUUUUAAUACAUUUGAGCUAUAUGGAGGAAUGAGUGAUGAUGGACAGUAUUUGAUCACUUGGGAUAGAAAUUCAUAUUAAAUACAAAUCAG